UGACGGGGGUCACGUGAUCCCUUUCAAAGAUGGCCGCCCUGUUGUUUUGAUGAAUAAUACUUGGUGGGGCGAGGGGGAAAGAGUAGGGGUGGAGGGGUAGGAGGAUUUACUCUUCCAGCGAGAGCUACGCGCGUCCCAUCCUCCCCCUCCCCCCUACCCGGGCUCCGGCGUGGAGGCGGGGCGUGGCCGGCCUGCUUUGGGAGGGGAGGGGCUUCCCUUACAGUGCUGGGCUCUGCCAGGACGGCUGUGGGGUCGCCUUACCUCGGGGUAUCCACUCUGCAGUGGACCAGUUCCCGCCAGAGGCAAAGGGUAGGAAGGAGAGCAGGAUCUGCUGUAGGAACGCAGCUACCGCGCCACUAUCACGAAGACACAGCAGGCUCGGGGCACGAGACGAGCUGGAGACCGCGCUGCCUAGUCUGGGUAACCUGGGAAGCAGAGGGAAGUAAGUGGCGCCUUAAGAUAACCCUGUAGCAGCAGCAGUGGCGGCCAGAGGAGGCUGCUCAGGGAACAAGCGGCUGUAGUAGUCUCUGGGGCGAUUGGAGUGACCGAAGCCAAGGCAGUUCAGUGCCUCUUGUGUUCUUAUUUUUUAACCUCUGACUAUGCAAUUCUGAAACCUCCCCCAUUCGGGGGACCAGACAGCCUGAUAGACACCUUCCACUCUCCUUCCUCCCGCCGUGGUCGCGAGAACAGAAGGAUCUCUCCCUAACGCCUUUCACCAUUAAGAGGAAAGCGAUGGAGGAGCUGAGCGCUGAUGAGAUUCGACGGAGGCGCCUUGCACGACUUGCUGGUGGACAGACCUCUCAGCCAACCACCCCACUCACCUCUCCCCAGAGGGAGAACCCUCCGGGGCCUCCCAUAGCGGCAUCAGCCCCAGGACCCUCUCAGAGUCUUGGUCUCAAUGUCCACAACAUGACCCCAGCUACCUCCCCAAUAGGUGCAUCAGGAGUAGCCCAUCGAAGCCAGAGCAGUGAAGGAGUCAGUUCUCUCAGCAGCUCGCCCUCUAAUAGCCUUGAAACGCAAUCUCAGUCUCUCUCACGUUCCCAGAGCAUGGAUAUCGAUGGUGUCUCAUGUGAGAAAAGCAUGUCCCAGGUGGAUGUGGAUUCAGGAAUUGAAAACAUGGAGGUUGAUGAAAAUGAUCGAAGAGAAAAACGGAGCCUCAGUGAUAAGGUUGCUUCUUUGCCGUUGUGGUUGCCGAAAUCCUUAAGUCCUGGCUGUGGGCGGGAGCUGCAGAGACUCUCUUACUUGGGGGCUUUCUUCAGCUUCUCAGUCUUUGCAGAAGAUGAUGUUAAAGUGGUUGAAAAAUACUUCUCAGGGCCUGCCAUUACCCUGGAAAACACUCGUGUGGUUAGCCAGUCAUUGCAGCAUUACUUAGAGCUCGGAAGGCAAGAGCUUUUUAAGAUUCUGCAUAGUAUUUUGUUAAAUGGCGAAACCCGUGAGGCUGCUCUCAGUUACAUGGCGGCUGUCGUCAAUGCCAAUAUGAAGAAAGCACAGAUGCAGACAGAUGAUAGAUUGGUAUCUACAGAUGGAUUUAUGCUGAAUUUCCUUUGGGUACUGCAGCAGCUAAGUACAAAAAUCAAGUUAGAAACAGUUGAUCCCACGUAUAUUUUUCACCCAAGAUGUCGGAUUACUCUUCCAAAUGAUGAGACGCGUGUGAAUGCCACGAUGGAAGAUGUGAAUGACUGGCUGACUGAACUCUAUGGCGAUCAGCCUCCAUUUUCUGAGCCGAAAUUCCCUACGGAGUGCUUCUUUCUCACCCUGCAUGCUCACCACCUGUCUAUUCUGCCUAGUUGCCGUCGCUAUAUCCGCAGACUCCGGGCUAUCCGGGAGCUCAAUAGAACUGUAGAAGAUUUGAAAAAUAAUGAAAGCCAAUGGAAAGAUUCCCCACUGGCAACUAGACACCGCGAAAUGCUGAAGCGCUGUAAAACUCAGCUUAAGAAACUGGUACGGUGCAAGGCCUGUGCUGAUGCUGGCCUACUUGACGAGAGCUUCCUGAGAAGAUGUCUGAAUUUUUAUGGCCUUCUCAUUCAGCUGCUGCUCCGCAUCCUGGACCCCGCAUAUCCCGAUAUAACACUGCCUUUAAAUUCAGAUGUCCCCAAGGUAUUUGCAGCAUUGCCUGAGUUUUAUGUAGAAGAUGUUGCAGAAUUUUUAUUUUUUAUUGUACAAUACUCUCCCCAGGCGCUUUAUGAGCCCUGUACUCAGGAUAUUGUGAUGUUCCUUGUUGUGAUGUUGUGCAACCAGAACUACAUCCGAAACCCGUAUUUGGUGGCCAAACUGGUAGAAGUCAUGUUUAUGACCAACCCUGCUGUUCAGCCACGAACCCAGAAGUUUUUUGAAAUGAUUGAGAACCAUCCUCUCUCCACCAAGUUGUUGGUACCUUCCCUGAUGAAGUUUUAUACAGAUGUUGAGCAUACCGGAGCCACCAGCGAGUUUUAUGACAAGUUCACAAUUCGCUAUCACAUUAGCACCAUUUUUAAAAGCCUUUGGCAAAACAUAGCUCACCAUGGCACCUUUAUGGAGGAGUUCAACUCCGGGAAGCAGUUUGUUCGCUAUAUAAACAUGUUGAUAAACGACACGACGUUUUUGCUUGAUGAAAGUCUGGAGUCUCUGAAGCGAAUCCAUGAAGUGCAGGAAGAGAUGAAGAACAAAGAACAGUGGGACCAGUUGCCCCGGGAUCAGCAGCAGGCCCGUCAGUCUCAGCUUGCUCAGGAUGAGCGCGUGUCCCGCUCUUACCUCGCCCUGGCCACCGAAACUGUGGACAUGUUCCACAUCCUCACAAAGCAGGUCCAGAAGCCCUUCCUCAGACCGGAACUUGGACCCCGAUUGGCUGCAAUGCUGAACUUUAAUCUUCAGCAACUCUGUGGCCCCAAGUGCCGUGACCUGAAAGUUGAAAACCCUGAGAAAUACGGCUUUGAACCAAAGAAGCUGUUGGACCAACUGACAGAUAUUUACUUACAGCUGGACUGUGCCCGGUUCGCGAAAGCCAUUGCUGACGAUCAGAGAUCCUACAGUAAGGAGUUGUUUGAAGAAGUAAUUUCAAAGAUGCGGAAGGCAGGGAUCAAAUCCACAAUAGCGAUAGAAAAAUUUAAGCUGCUCGCCGAGAAAGUGGAGGAGAUAGUGGCCAAGAAUGCACGCGCAGAAAUUGACUACAGCGACGCUCCUGAUGAGUUCAGAGACCCUCUGAUGGACACCCUCAUGACUGACCCCGUGCGGCUGCCCUCUGGCACCAUCAUGGACCGCUCCAUUAUCCUGCGGCACCUGCUCAACUCCCCCACGGACCCCUUCAACCGGCAGACGCUGACAGAGAGCAUGCUGGAACCAGUGCCAGAACUGAAAGAGCAGAUUCAGGCAUGGAUGAGAGAGAAACAGAACAGCGAUCACUAAACCGUUCCGCCGCCCACCCUCUGCUAGACACAGCCAAGGCCAACGAGGCAAGCAGAAGCAGCGGCUGCAGCAAAGCUGCCAUUCACGUGUUGGAGGCCAAAUGUGGCAAACCACCCAGGCCCACCCAGAGCGAGCAAACGCUGAGAGCUGGAAGGACACGGAUGAGAAGAGGAGCCCGGUUCCUGUACAUAUAUUUAAGUGACAAACACGCUCAAAAGCUUAAAGGACAGGUUUUAUGGUUGCUUGUGUAAUAAAGCACGUCCUUCGUAUGUCACAGUUUGGGGCAACUGAAGUCUUUCAGUGAUGGCUGAUGGGUCUGGGCAGCAUCCCUUCAUGAAUUUUUUUUAAUCCAAUAUCCGUUGAUUUGAUUGUGAUUAGAGAACCUUGGACAUUUUGCUGCUAAAGAAUCUUUUCUCCCCCCUCCCCCUUCCUGACCCUACUUGCACUGCUGUGGAUUUUUUAAGAGAAGCAAAAACAGAAGUAAACCCCUCUCCCCGGCCUACCAAACAUAUAUUCUGUGAGAUAACUGUGCCUGCCACCAAGUGUUCAUCCUGGGAUCGUAUUUUUAUAUCAUAUUCACAUAUUUGUUUUUUUAAUUGGUGUUAGAUGACAUGAUUAAUAAAAAAGGCAAGAUAUUUUCAGAAUUUGAAUUUCAGUUUUUUUUCUUUUGAAAUGUCCCUUUAAGAUUUUUUUAUUCUAAACAAAAUAAAGAAAAUCUUGCUGCUCUGGUCCUUGUAAUAAGCCUCUAUUAGGCACCUGAGGAGCAACUGCAGCAAAAUCUAGGGGUGUCAGUGUAUCAGGACUUAUGUGACUUACCGUAUUUUGGGAAGAUGAGGGUUGGGUUUUUUGUUUGUUUGUUUUUGUUUUUUUUUUUAAUGCUAUGUGACAGUUCGAAACCUUCACAGUUAUCCUCUGGGGGUAAAUCAAUUCCUCAACCCUUGGGUGUGUGAGUUUGAGGCAGGGUCAUUUGUAUGAUGUGUUUGGCCUUACCAAAGCAAAAGAGGGUGCAAGAAUGUGGGAGUAUGUCUGCCAGUUUCAACACACACAGACAAACACAGCCACACGCGCACACAAGUAUCAGACUUUUUGUAUUACCGCUCCCUACUUAACAUACUUGAAUUCUUGAAUUUCCUUUGGGGUAAAAAAGGAUUUGAAACCAUAAAGUGUUCUGAAGAAAUUAAGUCUAUAAAAAACAUACUUUCUUUUUUCUUUUCCUUUUUUCUCCUCCACAGACAAUGUCCUCUGUUCAAUUCCUAACGCAAACUACAAUAAAUGGUGAUACACAUUCAGAAGAAA